AUGGGGCUUACAAUUUCAAGUUUGUUCUCCAGGCUUUUCGGCAAGGUUCCAAUGAGGAUUCUAAUGGGUAAGAGUAGAUUAAAAUGUUUUGAGAACUUCCAUCUUUAUCCGUUUAGUUUGUGAUACGAUGGAAUCUCGAUUACACAAGUUUCGUGUUAGAAGUACACCACACAGCUGUAUUCUCGAAUUAAAUGUAGAUGAUUGAAUAAAAGUUUAGACGUUUUUGCGUAAAGAAAAGCCAGAUAAUUUCCCUUUACGAAUAGUGCCCAUAAAAUCGACCAUUUUCUUGGCAAAUUAUUCACAUCAUUCUGUACCAAUUAUGCCGGUGGUGAUACACGUAACCUCGUUCAUAGAAAAUGUAUUUCAAUGUCCUUUUAACCUUUUGAUGUAUAACUUUGAAAGGUGCUUAAAUACCCGAAAGAAAAAUUUCCUCCCUUUCCUUAUGACAAACAUAAUUAGCAAUAAAAUGCAACCAUCUCCAAAAUUGUCACGAGUAGAAUUUUCAAUAAAUGGUAAGGAAAGGUACGUGUACAGUUCAUGCAAAUAUAUUGUUCAAAAUAUAAAUUUCUAGAUAAUUCAUCCACAGAUCACUUUUAGGGAGUCACAUUUCCACUGCUGUAUCUCGUGAUACAGGUUGUUUCUCUCACUCACACAUGGCCCAGGAUUUUGUAUGAUACCCAUCUUCUUCCACUUCCUACCUUCUGUCCAGUUCCAGUUAUCAACAACAAACCCCAUCCUCUUUUUCCUCUGGUUCUAACCUUGUUCAGAGUUCACAUUGUUGUUCUUCUGUCUUACAGUGGGUCUUGAUGCAGCUGGUAAAACAACAAUCUUGUACAAACUUAAACUGGGAGAAAUUGUUACAACCAUCCCUACUAUAGGUAAGAACACAUAAUCUGCAGGUUAUUAAAAAUAAACUGAAGAAAUAAGAAAAUAUUGUCAAGUUACAGGAGAACAUUCUCUACAGCUGGAGGAUAAGUAACCCUUUAACUCCCAUAAGUGACUAAGACAGAAUUUCUCCUCACAAUAUUAAUACAAUAGUUGAUUUAAUACUAAAUUCUCUGAACUAACAUUAUAAGAAUUGUAUGAUUGACAGUAUGGAGAAUUACAAAUUUGGUCUGGGAGUAAAAGGGUUAAAGGAUCAUUAAAACCUCAAAAAUUAAACUGGAGAGUUCUGCACAGUAGUUUAAAAAAUUCUCCAGUCUUGAAUUCUCAAUGAAAACCUUUUUUGUAACAUGGUUGAGGGUGUUGGGGUAAAAAUUAAACAGCAACCCGCUGAGUGAGUGAGCUCUUUCACUUUGAGAGUUUAUUUUCUAUAAACUACAAAUUGGUUUCUCAGGUUCUUACUCAUAAAAUGAAGCAAGAUGCAACUGCAGAACUAAAAGGUGUUUGUUCAUGUGUCACAAGCUUGUAUUUGUCUUUGUUUCGAAGGUUUCAAUGUUGAGACUGUGGAAUACAAGAAUAUCUCAUUUACAGUAUGGGAUGUGGGCGGCCAAGACAAGAUUCGGCCUUUGUGGAGACACUACUUCACAAACACACAGGUGAAGAUUCUGGCUCAAUACCCAUAUUGAUUUCUGUUCAUCUUGCCCAGCUAUUCAAUGGGUAGAUGACAAAUUGUCAUGUAGAAAAAUGACCUCUAGCUGGUGGGAGGAAUUUUGUUAUUGUGGAAAUUUGUUGGCUGGAUUAUCCAACAUUAUCCCUUCAAAAUGAAACAAUCUUUUUUGGUUAUCAACUGUAAGUUGCUGAAGGGAUAAACAAUGACUUACUGAGCUUCAGCAUUUCCACAGAGCAAUCCACUUCAAUCAACCUGUUGGACGAUAUUUUCCUUUUGGCUUUUUUUUAGGAUGGUUCACAAAAGUAGAAAUCAAAUUAGUUUGAAACACUUGUUAUCCAAGAAAAACAGCCUCAAAAGGUAUUAAUAAUGAUAUUCUUGUUUUAUUUGUUUUUAAUCUUCCAGGGACUGAUAUUUGUUGUGGACAGUAAUGACAGGGAAAGAAUAGCAGAAGCUAAUGAUGAACUACAAAAAAUGGUAAGCCAUUACCAAUUCAAAUUUACCUGACAUGUUGUCUGAGGUACAGUUUUAUUGGAAUUCUAAGGAGUUACAUUUUUUGGACUAGUCAACACACUGGGUUCAUCUGAUGUGCAGAAGCAGUAUCAAUCCUUUGCAUCUUCAUGUAGAUAUUGACUGGUAAUGAUUUAUUUGUUAACGAUUUGGCUCUGGUUAACAUAGCAGGUAAUUUAGUGUUAACAACUGGGUUGAAAAUGUAAAUUAGCCACCAUAAAGGGUAAAAAAGCUGACGUUUCGAGCAUUAGCCCUUCGUCAGAGCAAUUGAAGCUCUGACGAAGGGCUAACGCUCGAAACACCAGCUUUUUUACCCUUUACAGUGGCUAAUUUACGUUUUCAACCCAGUUGUUAACACUAAAUUACCUGCUAUACUCUCCCACCGACACAGCACCACAGUUUCUUUAGAAACUCACCCCUUUAUUCAUCUGGUUAACAUAAAUUGUUGUUCAUAUCUACACAGCUUCAGGAAGAGGAAUUGUCUGAUGCUAUACUACUGGUGUUUGCAAAUAAGCAGGACUUGCCAAAUGCUUACUCUACCUCUGAAAUAACAGAAAAGCUAGGACUCCACAGUGUCAAAUCAAGAAAGGUUAGUAAGAAUUUUGCUGUAAUUUUUUAGCUGUAGGACUCAAGUGGCAUAAGUUGGUCAUGAUUGGUCAGUUUACACAGUAUAUCAACAUAUUUUCUUGUAUUUUUAGUGGUAUGUCCAAGGUACAUGUGCAACUCAGGGAACAGGGCUGUAUGAAGGACUGGACUGGCUCUCAAAUGAACUCACUAAGUAA